AUGGAGAUUAACGUCCAAGACACGGUCAAGAAAGCUGCUGCAGCGUCCUUUGGUGCGCUUCUCACGUCGCUUUUUGUCACGCCAUUGGACGUAGUUAAAGUACGUAUUCAGUCCCAGAUCCAGACGUUUCCAUGUCCAUCCACGACGCUCGCUGAUUUACGUGUGACACACUCAAGUGUCGGUACGUCGGUUGCAACUGUCAUUGAACAUUGUCGCUGUCGUAGUCGCUGCGUUUGCAAUCGUUGCAUCACUCGUCCAUUGGAUUCCCAGUUUCAGACUUUACGACGUGGAGGAAAUGCUCCAUUAGCCAUGCGGAUGUCGUGCUCUCGGACCGUAACACCUCCUUUGCUUCACGGCACAUUUCAUACAUUACGUCAUAUAUUUCAAACGGAAGGACUUAAAGGACUAUUUGCAGGUUUAUCUCCUGCUAUGGCCAUUGCAGUUCCAUCUACUGUAUUGUAUUAUAUGUCGUAUGAUUUAUUAUUACAUGAGGGAUAUCAAAAAUUGCCACAAGUAGAAGGUUUUGUGCCAUUAAUGGCAGGUACGACAGCUAGAAUUGUUGCAGCUUCGACGACAUCACCUAUUGAACUAAUUAGGACGAGGAUGCAGAGUGAGAAUGCAGGAACAAGUAUGUUGAUGACGUUUCAACAAGCAGUGAAGCGUGGAGGUUAUGUGUCAUUGUUGAAUGGAUUGGGAGCUACAUUGGCACGUGAUGUACCAUUUUCAGCCAUUUAUUGGACAUCCUAUGAGAAUCUUCAGAGAAGAUUAAAUACAACGGAGUAUGAACUUACAAGGACGCAGAGAGCAUUUGUAUGCGGUGCAGUAUCUGGAGCUAUUGCUGCAACGGUAACGACUCCAUUUGAUGUGGUCAAGACGCUACAGCAAGUGUCCAUGACGACACAAGAAUCACAGGCGUCCGGGGUACAGGUGUUUCGACAGGUGGUGGCUAGCAAGGGUUUAAGUGGAGCGUUUACGGGACUUGGUGCACGUCUUGCGCGGGUAGCACCAUCCUGCGCCAUUAUGAUUUCGUGCUAUGAGCUUGGAAAGGAGAAACUCUGUAUUGCAUGA